AUAUGCAACGGUUACUGUUUUUAGAGAGAGAAACAUUUACGUGCCAAAAAAAACCAUAAUAGUUUAAGAGAGAGAGAGAGUGAAAGACCAGAAUAGGAAAGUGGAGGGGGUGAGUGUAGCAGAGAGAAUUAAGGAUAUAAAUUGGGUUAAAGAGGCAACGAGACUGUUUCUUCCUAGUAAAACCCUAGCUCUCUGCAUUGUUGACUUCUCAGAUAGUGCAGACGAGCUCUUCUUUGCGCUGCGAUAGGAUGUGCCCUCAGAUCUGGAUAUAGUGCUAUUCAGCUCGAAUUAUUGCGGGUCCCGAAUGGUAGAGGCUUGCGUAGAGAGCGGAGUUGUGGUUCUGUGAUAUAUGGUUAUGGAUUGAAUUAUGAAGGCUUAUUUUGUUUUUAGGAAUUUGAAUUUGUAGUUUGAAGACGUUUUCUCUUUUUUGGGGGUUUCUGAUAUCCUCGUCGUUUUAUUUUGAUUUGUUGUCAUUUAAAAGGGGCUUUUGAUCUUGAAUAAGUAAGUGUAAUUGGGAAAUAUUAUUUGAGCUCUUCAGGUACUUCUGGAAUUUGGAUUAGGCUUUUAUACCCCUAGAUAUGGUCCGAUAUCUUUCAUGUUGCCACAUAAGUUAUUAGUGUAAUUUAUUUAUCUGUUCAGAGAGAUUGUGUAAUUUUGCAUUCGAGAGCAAAGGUUUCUGUGUUCCUUUUCCUGUUGGUUUGGAGAGGUUAGGUUCCACCCUUUCCCUUAAUUUGAUUUGGGUACUAGUUGGGAUUUUGCGCUGGAGUGGCUGGGGGGGCCGGGAGGCGUCACUAUGUCGUCCUUGAGUCGAGAACUGGUGUUCUUAAUAUUGCAGUUCUUGGAUGAGGAGAAAUUCAAGGAGACUGUUCAUAAAUUGGAGCAAGAAUCCGGAUUUUUCUUCAACAUGAAGUACUUUGAGGAUCAAGUCCAAGCUGGUGAAUGGGAGGAAGUUGAGCGUUAUUUAAGUGGAUUCACCAAAGUUGAGGACAACCGAUAUUCGAUGAAAAUCUUCUUUGAGAUUAGAAAGCAGAAAUACCUUGAAGCUCUUGAUAGACAAGAUCGAGCAAAAGCUGUAGAGAUUCUUGUUAAAGAUCUGAAGGUGUUUGCCUCUUUUAAUGAGGAUCUAUUUAAAGAGAUCACACAGCUGUUGACUCUUGACAACUUCAGGCAGAAUGAACAGCUCUCCAAAUACGGGGACACAAAGUCAGCACGCAACAUAAUGCUUGUUGAGCUUAAAAAGCUGAUAGAGGCAAAUCCUUUGUUCCGUGACAAACUCACUUUUCCUGCUUUUAAGGCUUCGAGAUUGAGAACAUUAAUCAACCAGAGUCUUAACUGGCAGCAUCAGCUCUGCAAGAACCCACGCCCGAACCCGGAUAUUAAAACACUCUUCACUGACCAUACUUGUUCUUCAAGUAACGGAGCACGUGCCCCCCCUCCUGGUAACAACCCUCUAGCAGGACCUGUUCCUAAACCUGGUGUGUUUCCUCCUCUUGGAGCCCAUGGUCCUUUCCAACCUGUUGUUUCUCCCCCUCCUAGUGCUAUUGCAGGUUGGAUGUCAACUGCUAACCAGUCUAUGCCUCAUGCUGCUGUUGCUGCAGCUCCUCCUGGCCUUGUUCAGGCACCUAGUCCUGCUGCCUUCUUGAAACAUCCAAGAACCCCUCCUGGUGGCCCUGGAAUGGACUAUCAGACUGCUGAUUCUGAACAUUUAAUGAAACGUCUCCGCCCGGGACAACCUGACGAGGUAUCAUUUUCUGCAUCGACCCAGCCACCUAACAGUAAUAAUAUGUAUUCACCAGAUGACCUUCCCAAAACUGUUAUUCGGAAUCUUAGUCAAGGAUCUAAUGUUAUGAGCAUGGACUUCCAUCCACAACAACAGACUGUUCUUCUAGUUGGAACAAAUGUUGGUGAUAUCAGCAUUUGGGAAGUCGGUUCUCGAGAAAGGUUAGCACUUAAAACCUUCAAGGUUUGGGAUAUAUCAGCUUGUUCAAUGCCAUUCCAAACAACUUUGGUUAAAGAUGCGACAAUAUCCGUUAAUAGAUGUGUAUGGGGCCCAGAUGGAUCUAUACUUGGUGUUGCCUUUUCCAAGCACAUAGUUCAGAUAUAUACCUACAAUCCAGCUGGAGAAUUAAGACAACACUUAGAGAUUGAUGCUCAUAUUGGCGGUGUGAAUGAUAUUGCUUUUGCCCAUCCCAAUAAGCAACUUUGCAUAGUUACAUGUGGGGAUGAUAAGACAAUUAAGAUAUGGGAUGCAGUAGCAGGACGUAGGCUGUAUACUUUUGAAGGUCAUGAAGCUCCUGUAUAUUCCGUAUGUCCUCACUAUAAAGAGAAUAUUCAGUUUAUUUUCUCUACCGCAAUUGAUGGGAAAAUAAAAGCUUGGCUUUAUGAUUCCUUGGGGUCGAGAGUGGAUUAUGAUGCCCCUGGACUUUGGUGCACGACAAUGGCUUAUAGUGCUGAUGGUACCAGGCUGUUCUCUUGUGGAACCAGUAAAGAAGGUGAAUCUCACCUUGUUGAGUGGAAUGAGAGUGAAGGAGCCAUUAAGAGGACAUAUUCUGGUUUCCGGAAGCGUUCUUUGGGUGUGGUGCAGUUUGACACCACAAGGAACCGUUUCUUAGCAGCUGGUGACGAGUUUCAGAUAAAGUUCUGGGACAUGGAUAACAUCAAUAUCCUUACUUAUACUGAUGCUGAUGGUGGAUUGCCAGCAAGCCCUAGAUUAAGAUUCAAUAAGGAAGGUUCAUUGCUGGCUGUUACCACCAGUGAAAAUGGAAUUAAGAUCUUGGCUAAUACUGGGGGUCAGCACAUGCUAAGAAUGCUGGAGAGCAGAGCGUUCGAUGGUGCUCGUGCUCACGCUGAAGCUAAUGUCAAACCUGCUAUUGCUGCUGGUCCAUUGGGUCCCAUUGCUAGCGUUUCUGCUUCAGCAUCCCCCUUUGAGCGCAGUGAUAGGAUCCAACAGCCAAUGUCUCUUCUGGCCAGCAUGGAAAGCAGCAGGGGAACUGAUGUAAAACCGAGGAUCCUUGAGAACACUGAAAAAAUCAAAAGCUGGAAGUCUUCUGACAUAUCUGAUGCAUCUCAACUCAAGGCUCUGAAAUUGCCCGACUCUCUGGCACCUAACAAAGUCGUGCGUUUGCUAUACACGAAUUCUGGCUUAGCUGUCUUAGCAUUGGCUUCUAAUGCUCUUCAUAAGCUGUGGAAGUGGCAGCGCAAUGAACGCAAUCCAUCUGGAAAAUCUUCUGCCUCUAGUGUGCCUCAGUUGUGGCAGCCAAAUAAUGGGGCUCUCAUGUCGAAUGAUGUGUCUGAUUCCAAAGCAGCUGAAGAAUCUGUUGCAUGUAUUGCCUUGUCUAAGAAUGAUUCCUAUGUUAUGUCUGCAUCAGGGGGGAAAGUCUCCUUGUUCAACAUGAUGACCUUUAAGGUCAUGACAACUUUCAUGCCACCGCCUCCUGCUGCUACUUAUCUGGCAUUUCAUCCACAAGACAACAAUAUAAUUGCUAUUGGAAUGGAAGACUCUACGAUACAGAUUUACAAUGUUAGAGUUGAUGAGGUUAAAACGAAGCUCAAGGGCCAUCAGAAACGGAUCUCAGGGCUUGCAUUUUCUCAGAGUUUGAACAUAUUAGUUUCAUCUGGAGCUGAUGCUCAGCUGUGCAUGUGGAGCAUUGAUGGAUGGGAGAAGAAGAAAUCACGGCCAAUACAGCCACCUCCCGGUCACCCAUCUACCCUGGUUGGAGAAACUAGGGUUCAGUUCCAUAACAAUCAAUCGCAUCUACUGGUUGUUCAUGAAAGUCAAAUUGCUAUAUAUGAUGCUCAACUAGAUUGUUUACGUUCAUGGUAUCCAAGAGAUUCACUUUCCUCAGCUAUUUCAAGCGCUAUAUACUCGUGCGAUGGUCUGUCGAUUUUUACUGGGUUUUGUGAUGGUGCUAUCGGCAUAUUCGAUUCUGACAGUUUGAACCUUCGGUGCCGGAUAGCACCCUCUGCCUAUUUAUCAUCAGCCAGCAACGAUAAUCCCUUCCCCAUAGUUAUCGCAGCACAUCCGACAGACCCCAAUCAAUUUGCGCUUGGCAUGAGUGAUGGUGCAGUUCAUGUGAUUGAACCAUCGGAUGCAGAGACGAAGUGGGGUGGAUCAACCUCUCAUGAAAACGGGAGCAUGCCUUCGAUACCUUCGAGCUCUGCAUUGAACAGUCAGCCAUCAGAAACCCCAUCUAGGUGAUUAAUACAAAGUAAGAAAAAAAGCGCCUCAUUGUUUCAUUCUCUUCUUAAGCAUACCAAUGUAAAGUCUCAGUGUUACCUUUUUUAUUCCUUGAGAGAUAAACAGGUUAGUUUUACUUUGUUGGUUGCACCUCUUGACAAGGGUAGUUCGUGGUCACCCUCUUUUUUGUUUACUUUCAUUUUAAUCGGUUAUUAAAUUUAUUUUUAUCA